UGCUGUUCUAUUUUACAAAAGGAUUUCGGUGAAAUGGAACUAAUUGAUAGCCUUCUCGACCCAGCAAGGGCAGCGAUGCGAUCUUCCAUGUCAACCAUUUUAGGAAGCGGUUGGGGUUCCAGAUUAGCAUGUCUAUGCUUUAGAUUCUUGCAUUAGAACAAUAAGUUGAAAUGUAAAAUGCAGGUUUCCUUGUAUGACAGCCUUAGGUCAAUAAGCGAACAAAACGACAUCCGCCUCAAUAAGAGUUCUCUUGUCAUCACACAUGAAAUACAAUCAUAUGCGGUCAUCCAGAUACUUGGUAGAACCUCCACCAAAGUGUAUAAAUACAUGUAUAUCCCCUAUGCAGGUAUUUUCUUUCUUGUAAAACACAAGUCGAAAUCAAUAACCAGCUUUCCACUAUGCUUCUCUCCAAAACCCUCUUCACGAUCCUUGCGGUCUUGAUGCAAUCUGAAUUCAUCCUCGCCGAGGCCACUAGCCUGACGGAUGGUGUUAUCAGAGUGGAUUUCGAUGUUCACAAAGGACAAACGGCUAAGAACAUCGUCUCUGCGGAUGGUACCCCACGGAUUGCCCCAAGAGCCGUGGGUGCGGCCGACGAAGUGAACCUUGUCAACGAAAGUGUCUUAUACUUAGCCAACGUCACCAUUGGCUCCAACAAGCAGAAGCUUGGUGUGCUUCUUGACACUGGCUCUUCUGACUUUUGGGUGCAGGGAAGCACCAAUCCAUACUGCAAGGCGGGGACUACCGAAGAGGUUCGUGCAUCUCCAUCCAAAAUUCGUGCAUUGGCAGCCAAUCAUCGGGCUUUUCACUUUGGGUUCCCAAGUUCCCUGACUUCCACUUCCACUACCUCUAUACCCGCAUCUAGCCAGUUUGAUUGCAGUAUUUAUGGCAGUUUCGACCAGUCCAGUUCUUCCACCUUCCAUGACAACAAGACUGCCUUAAGUAUCACUUACGGUGACGGAACCUUCGCCAAGGGUGAUUUUGGUCAGGACACUGUCAGUUUGGGUGGGUUGGAUGUUAAAGGGGUCAACUUUGCUGUUGCCAACAACGCCGAUAACUCUAUGGGUGUUUUGGGUAUUGGCAUAGCUGGCAAUGAAGCCACUACCGUGGCCACCACCCCAUUCCAAUACGAUAACUUCCCAGUGCAGUUGAAGAAGAAGGGUUUAAUCAAGAAGACUCUCUACUCGUUGUAUUUGAACAGUGCUACGUCUAAUCUGGGUAGCGUCUUGUUUGGUGGGGUUGACCACGCCAAGCACUACGGCAACUUGGUUCCUUUGCCAUUGGUCAAUGUUUAUCCUAAGAAUUACCCUGAAGCGGUGUCCUUCUUUGUAACAUUGGCUGGUGUUGGUUACAACAAGAAGGCUGUAUCUUCCGGUCUGAUUUCUGCUUUGCUAGACAGUGGAACUACUUUGACGUAUUUGCCAAAAGCGACUAUUAGUAAAAUUGCUUCCGGAUUGGGUUACAAACACGCGUUCUUGUCCCUGACCUACUAUGGUCCAUGCACGGGCUUACCUUCCAGUGUUCUUUCUUUCCUGUUCGCCGGUGUCACCAUCAACGCUCCAAUCUCCAACUUCCUCGAGCAAGCAUACUACUCUGAUGGCAGCGCAGCUAAUAACAUCUGCAUUUUGGGCCUUCAGGCUUCGAGCACUUACAUUUUGGGUGACAGUUUCUUGAGAUCAGCCUACGCCGUUUACGACUUGGAAGCACUUCAAGUUUACUUGGCCCAGGCUAUUCCAAAUGCCACGGCUGAGGAUAUUGUGGCCGUUACUUCGACCAUCCCACCAGGAACUUUGGUCCAGCAAACUGCCACCACUUUCUAAGUGACAGGAUCAUCCUUUUUUUUCCCCGCUGUCUCUAAAGUGGUGCUCUGCUGAUAGACUUCCGUUUCCUUUCUGAAGGGCGUGAAAGUGCUUGGAGCAGUAUACCGCUGGCAGUUGCCUCCUAGGUGCGCUCCUGGUUAUCCCUUUCCUAGUUUAGAGGUUUAUCUUUAAAGCCAUACACGCCUAGGAUUUUUUUAUACCCCUUUUAUUUUUAUUUUUGGGUUAGUUCUCGUUCUAAAAAAAAUUCCUGUUUGAUUCAGCAG